CUUUGCACAGAGUUCUGUCCACUGCAGUUAGGUCAGAAAGCUUCACCUGCUGUAGUGAAGGGGCCUCCCUGUGUGGGCAUCGCUGCCUCUGCAACAUGGACUCACAGCACUGCAAAAUGAAUGGUGACCCUUUCCAGGAAUCUAUGUACAUUGAAGAGUCCCAAAAUAAAAAUGGUGUGAUUUCUUUGAUUUUCUCUCUGAAAGAAGAAGUUGGGGCAUUGGCUAAAGUCCUGCGCACAUUUGAGGAAAAAGGUAUAAACUUGACCCAUAUUGAGUCCCGACCUUCCCGUCUCAAUAAAGAUGAGUAUGAGUUCUUCAUUAACUUGGAAGGCAAGAAUAUCCCAGCACUGGAUAAGAUCAUCAAGUCCUUGAGAAGUGAUAUUGGAGCAACAGUCCAUGAGCUUUCACGAACAAAGAAGAAGGACACUGUGCCAUGGUUCCCAAGAAGCAUCCAGGAGCUGGACAGGUUUGCCAAUCAGAUCCUAAGCUACGGAGCAGAACUGGAUGCUGAUCAUCCUGGGUUCAAAGAUCCCGUGUACCGGGCCCGGAGGAAGGAGUUUGCAGAUAUCGCCUACAACUACAGACAUGGCCAACCUAUUCCUCGUGUCAUCUAUACGGAAGAAGAAAAGAAAACGUGGGGCACCGUCUUCAGGGAGCUGAAGAGCCUCUAUCCAACUCAUGCUUGUUAUGAACACAACCAUGUGUUCCCACUGCUGGAGAAGUACUGUGGCUACCAAGAGGACAAUAUUCCCCAGCUUGAAGAUGUUUCAAACUUCCUGCAGAGCUGCACUGGAUUUCGCCUGCGUCCUGUUGCAGGCUUACUGUCCUCUCGGGAUUUCUUGGCUGGGCUGGCAUUUCGAGUAUUCCACUCUACACAGUAUAUUCGCCAUGCAUCCAAACCCAUGUACACACCAGAGCCUGAUAUUUGUCACGAGCUGCUAGGACAUGUGCCUCUUUUUGCUGACCCCAGUUUUGCUCAGUUUUCCCAGGAAAUUGGACUGGCAUCUCUGGGAGCUCCAGAUGAUUUCAUCGAGAAACUUGCUACGGUUUAUUGGUUUACGGUGGAGUUUGGAUUGUGUAAGGAAGGUGAUUCACUGAAGGCAUAUGGUGCAGGGCUGCUGUCUUCAUUUGGGGAGCUUCAGUAUUGUUUAUCAAGUGAACCUGAGAUUCAGCCCCUAGUCCUGGAGAAGACUUGUGUGCAGAAGCACCCUGUUACUGAGUUCCAGCCUAUCUACUAUGUUGCUGAAAGUUUUAAAGAUGCAAAAGAAAAGCUAAGGAAAUUUGCUCAAACGAUCCCUCGUCCUUUCUCUGUUCGGUAUAAUCCCUACACCCAGAGGAUUGAAGUCUUGGACAAUGCAAAGCAGCUGAAGAACUUAGCUGACACUAUCAAUAGUGAGAUUGGACUCCUUUGCAAUGCCCUCCAGAAGAUAAAAUGAAGAUUUGUUGUAACUUGGUAAUUACUGGCUACUGGCUAGAAGCUGCCAUGUGCAAAUAUCAGUCUUCAUCUAGUCUCAGUCUGUUAUAUUCCAGUGUACUGCAUGAAUGCUUAUGUUAUAUAUCUUAAUUAUUAUAGAUUAGCAGAGAUAUAGGCAUCUGCAGGUGACCCUUGACUUUUUUGGCCUUCAGACACUAAUCCAUUUUUUCUCACUAGUGCAUAAAAAUUACCUUAUUUCUGGGAAUCUGGGGAAAGCCUCCAUAUGUCUUGUUCCAAAGAUUAGCCGAAGGAGAUCUUCACCAUGUAGAUCUAUAGUCUGCUGCACCUGUGAGAUUGCAUUACCACUCUGGGACCAGGGACAGGAUGUCAGUGAUGAACAAACUAAUCCUCUUCGCUUUCUCUCACAAUCACUCUCCCCUCAGUUCCUCACAUUUGUCCAAGGUUCCCAUGGAUUCUCAAACUCUAUACCUUUCAGGGCAUGUUCUGCUUGGCCCUCUGUACUUUUACUUCUACACACAAACACCUCUAUCCUGAAUUGUUUUUUUUCUAAAAAUAUGAUAUUGCCAUUGAUCCAAAGCACAGAUGCUAGCAGAAAAGAUAAUAAAUAUGGUGCAACCUCAUUAACAAAGAUUUAUCAGCUAGUAUAAAUAUACUGUAUUUACACAAGCACCAAUCUCAAAAGAUCUGUGCAAGUCAAGAAUACUGCAUGCUAUGAUGUGUCAUUGGUCUUGAGAGUGGAAUCCAUAUGCAAGCCACUGAGCCUGCUUAUCCAGAACAGUCUGUGCCUCCAUACAGUAUCCACAAAAAAAAGCCCCUUCAGAGGGGAGUUACCUAAAGACAACUCUGUGUGGCUUUUUGCAGUUGGAUGUGAAGUCAGUUCUGUGGAAGGAAGAAACCAUGCAGGUGUUUUAACAGGGCUUCAUUACUAGUCCAGUCUCAGAGCUGUGCUGUCUGUAAUGUUGUGCAAUAUCAUGAAUUCAGAGCUGAUUCAGGAACAGUAAUUUUAUGGAAAGGAGAGAUCUCUCUUAAUAGACAUACUCAACUACUCACUGUGGAAGGCUGACUGUGAAGGUUACCUUUUGCUGUGUCUGUCCUUCUCUGAGACUGCCUUAUUCAGUAUGAGGUGCCUCCUAACUUUCUGGACUCACAAUCUAGAAGGUAGAUUACCAGCACGCUGAUACCAGCACACUGGAAAUGGAGAAGAAGUGGGUCUUUCACUAGGGUCCCCACCAAAGCCAUGGAAAACCUGGGUUACUUGUUUUCCUAGUCUGACUGCAUUCAAACCCAAAUGUCAUUUUUCAAGACAGGUCCUAAGUCAUGAUACCUUUUUGAAUCUUAAUCUCCCAUUUGAGCUUUAAUCUCCCUUUUGUUGGUGAAAGCGGUUUUAUUUUUUCCUGGAGUACAUCUCAGCUGAGUCAGCAAACGGACCCAGAGGUGAUUUCAGCUUAACCCAAUGGCUGAGCAUGGAGAGAGAAGAUCUUUGCUGUUCAGGAAGCCAUUUCUGCAUUUGUCCAAUAACUUUCGCUCAAAUCAGCUAAAAGACUUCUUGAACUGGUCUGCAUUGUGUAAUGGGUCCUUGUAGCUCCCUAGCUGAAGGAGGGAGAUCAGCACUUGUAAGUUGGAACAGAAUGGAGCAAAGCAAAACUGAACAGUAUUUUUCGCUUGAAACAUUUCUGCAUCAUGAUACUAACGCAAAUCAAGGGUCACAUUUCUGUUAGAAGAUUCAAAGAUGGAGAGGGAUUUGAAAGUCCAUGAGUCUCAUACCUUCCAUUGUACUUGUUUUGUAUUUGUAGUUUGAAAAUCAAUAGAGCUUCAAUGUGAGCAUCAUCCUUUAGGAAGAUAGAAAGUACAGCUGUUUUCAUUAUAUUUAUGGUGCGUAAUAAUAUCAGUCUAAGUAUACCAGCUGGAACCCUUUUCAAUUGACAUAUACUUAUGCAAAAUAGUAUAAUUUUGAUGCUUUGAAGUAACCUUUUUUAUCUCUGUAUCUUUUUUAUUCCUUUUUUUUCUCAUGACAAUGUCUGUAUAGAUUUUUUCAAUCCUGCUUGACAUGUAUUUUCAGUGUGAAAGUAGCCCACAUUUUUCUCUUUUAAUAUAAGAGGACCCAUAAGGUAAUUGUAUGCCACAAAGAGACAAUUUCAUCCCACAGGUAAAGACUUUCAAACUAACCUCAGACAGCUUUCCAAGCUUCUCUGCUUCUGGCUGUUGUUAUGAGUGAUAGCAGCAGUAGAUCUAUAGUGAUAUUGAAAACCCAGGAUUCAUGAUUGUCUUUUAUGUGCAAGCAGAAUAGUUAAAGAAUAUUGAUGCCGCAUCUGAUUCUGUGUCCCUUAAUGCAGGUUUAAAUGAUCAAUAGCUCCAGCCAAAGCAGCCUAACAUGGCUGUUCAGCAAGACUGAGAGAUGAGAAAAAGUUAAAUGUUCGCUAUUUAAAAAGCAGAGGAAAUGUACAGAAAGCAGAUUUUCUCACAGAACAAAUUAACUUGUGCAUACGUGCUUUAAAUAGUACUCCUUAAUGGGUGACUUCUUAUUUCCAUGCUUAAAGAAAAUUAAAGCUGUGUAGGAAAAUGCCUUUUGCAUUAUCUGACCAGUGUAAUUCCCCCUUGUAAAGUAACCACACAAGUCAGUCAGAAUUAAAUACCCAGGUAGGAAGGAAUGCCCAUCUGAGGUGUGCUCCAACACAAAAAAAGGCUCUCUUGCGCUGUUUGACUAUCACUCAUCUGGAAAGAUCAUGAAAAUGAUGUAAGCAAAAAAACCCUCUCUUAAUGUGUGCAAUUACCUAGAAAAGCACAACAAAGCCUAGCUUGCUCUAUAUUAGUACUCCAUAAAUCUUUGAAUGUUACUCUAACUAACCUAUCCAAAGCUAAUCUUUUAAGUAACACUUCCUCUGUUCUGUUCCACUAUGAUCACAUUUCUUGAUGUCCCCAACUCCAGCUGUUUCAGGUGAUCAAAGAAGCCCUUUCAUGAGGCCCUUUUCCUUUACAGUGACUUUGAACAAUGUCAAUGAUUGUGAUGAAGGGGUGUCUUGUUGGUACAGGUUACACAGGGAGGUGGACUUCUCUGGGUGUCUUAAGACGCCUAAAUCUGACAGCAGCUUGGAGAAGGGACGCUUUAUUCCCCAAAGGAUGCAGAAAUUAUUGAAAGAGGGAUUAAGCACGGGAGCACUCUGUAGUAGUGUGUUGUUUUUAAACCUAUCUCUUUGCUGCUUCAAACCAUGCUGACAGUUGUCAGAGAUGAUGUUCAAAUGUAACCAUGUAAAUUUAUCUAAAUAAACAGAAAUAUUAAUGCUG